UCAUAAAAUCCCGGCUAAAAUGGAGUGUUUCUGACCGUUCCAGCAGGUUGCGCGCAUAGAAUAUGCGCGAACUAUUCUCGCGCAUAUACUUCCACGUAAAUCACAAAGUGAUGCUGUAUCGAUAUUAUUCUACGAUACGCGAGUAAUCAUUUUUGUUUUGCAAUUGAUUUUCACGCAUAUUUAAUCUUACGUUGAUUGCCAGCAAAUAAGGAUUUUUUAAAAAUGGUGUCCGUUUUAAAUACUGUUGAUACCGGUCACGAAGACAUGAUUCAUGACGCGGAAAUGGAUUAUUAUGGAUUGAGGUUAGCUACAUGCUCAAGUGAUAAUUCGGUGAAAAUAUUUGAUUUAAAAAACGGCACUCAAAGCUUAGUUACUGUUCUCAAGGGACACAUUGGCCCUGUAUGGCAGGUUGCAUGGGCCCAUCCUAAAUUUGGCAAUCUUCUAGCAUCUUGCAGUUAUGACAGAAAAGUUAUUAUCUGGAAAGAACUUGGUGAAUGGACAAAGAUAUAUGAGCAUACGGGUCAUGAUUCAUCUGUUAAUUCGGUUGCAUGGGCACCGCACGAGUUUGGUUUGAUCUUGGCUUGUGGCAGUUCAGAUGGAUCAAUUUCUAUUCUUACAAAUACUGGGGAUACUUGGCACAUGCAGAAAAUAACAAACGCUCAUACGAUUGGAUGUAAUGCAGUCAGUUGGUGUCCAGCGAUUGAUUCUGGUGUUGACACCAAUGCAACUCAAAGGAGUGGUCCUAUGAAGAGAUUAGCAACUGGUGGUUGUGAUAAUUUAGUAAAAAUAUGGAAGGAGGAAGGGGAUAGAUGGUUAGAAGAGAAUAAACUGGAGGCACACAGUGAUUGGGUACGAGACGUAGCCUGGGCACCAGCAGUUGGCCCAUCAAGAGCCACUUUGGCAUCUUGUUCACAAGAUCGCCGUGUGGUUGUAUGGACAUCCAAUGAUUACGCCAGCUGGACACCAAAUGUCCUUAAUGUUUUUGAUGAUGUAAUCUGGAACGUCAGUUGGUCAUUAACAGGUGGCAUCCUAGCGGUCAGUGGAGGAGACAACAAAGUUUCUCUCUGGCGUGAGAAUUCUGAGGGACAGUGGGCAUGUAUCUCUGAAUUGAACAAAGAUCAAGGGAAUCUUAAUAAUCCGGAUCAGCGCGCGCUGUAACAUCACUAAUAAAAAUAUAAAUAUUUUAUACAAAUAAUUAUAAAUUAA